GCGCUCAGCUGCCCAAUUGUCUUGCCGUUGGUCAUCGUCCAUCGCUGUCCGCUGCAGCGAGCUUCUAAGCGUGGUGGUCGUCGAGAACGGCGAGCGGAUUCCUGUCGACGGUCUGCGCUUGACAACGUUGUCCGCGUGAGUCUGUCCUGCUUAUGUAAUGUAUACCUGCCAUGUUGGGAUCGCCGCGAACGGUGAAAUCUCCCUCCACCUUCACGUUCCCCACGUCCACUUUAAGGAUGUCGUUCGCAAAGGCUCUCUCGCCUGCUAUCCGCGAGAUCAGGAUACUGUGCUGCCAAACAGGACCUGCCUCCGCAGGCACACGACAGUUUAUUGCUUCGACCUAUCCAACCAUCAAGCAACACAAUCCCGACCUCCCAAUUUUGAUCAGAGAGGCAAAGGGCACGCCGGCAAGAGUGUUUGCGAGAUUUGAGCGUGGCGUAGAGAAACAUGUGGAAGUCGAGAACCUCUCAUCUUCCGACGUAGCAUCCAGAGUAUCGCAGCUCUUGAACGUGCCAUAAUUGCUAUAUGGAGACACCACGAAGAUAUUUCUUUACGGCGUCAUUCACUGCUCGUUGUUUCCCUUCGUUCUUGCCAUAACGAUAAUAUCAACGAUGCUCAAAUGCUUCCGGCUUAGCUACUAUUUUCCCAUCAUCGCGCUCUGUGGAUGCAUCUGCGCAAGGGUACUGUCAAUAUUUGCAUGCGACUUUGCACACAAUGCGCAAUGCGUACUCAUUAACGUCAUCAAGUGAUGCUGGUCGAUGAACGACAGUACAAUUUGCAACGUAAUGUUUGCCUUUCUCGCCUGUUGCGUCCGAUUAGACAUCCUUUUACUGUUUGAAGGAGUGUUCACUUGAAUUCAUUCAUCCACCAUACAGCGAUAUAUAGCAUUUGCUUCUCUUCCCCUCUUUACUUCUCUAUGUACCACCAACCUGCAAUUAAUGCUUGCUGUGAACUCGC